UUGAUGCUCUCUAUGUUCCAUUUUAGUUUGUCUCACUCUGGUCAACUAAGAGGACAGGGAGAAUUGUCUCCCAGUGGUUGAGAGAAUGAGGAAAUAUUUGGGCAUGAGGGGGUUUGCUUUGCCCUGGUCAAGGCAGGACCAAACACAGAGUGAAACCAGCCCACUCAUACCGAAGGCAGCCUCUGCAAAAGAGGGUGCUGAGGAGACCCUCCAUGUAGUGACUAAUGAUGACACUGACCUCCAGCAAGCACAAACAAAUAAUGGACGGGACCAGAACCACCACGGUGCCAAAAGGCCUCAACCCCAGUACACAUACUCUCUCACGGACUCCUUCCUAAAAUAUGUCCUGUUCAUGAGCAAUCUGCUGUUCACCGUGCUGGGCCUGGUGGUCCUGGGCGUGGGGAUGUGGGGCCUCAUCAACAAAGAGUCCUUUGCCCAGGAGAAGAUUGGCAGCCUCGGUACCGACCCUAUGCUCGUAUUUGUGAUGCUGGGCCUCGUGCUGACUGUGCUCUGCCUGUCUGGCUGUGUGGGUGCCUUGAGGGAGAACUGCUGUUUACUGAGGCUGUUCUCUGCAGCAGUGCUGGUGCUGAUCACUGCCCAGGUGCUGGCUGCCAUUUUGGCAUAUAGUCUACAGGGUCAGAUAGGAAGCUACCUGCGAUCGGGGAUGUUAGCAGCCAUGGUGCGCUACCAGGAUGACCUGGAUCUGAGGUUCAUCACAGAUGAGAUCCAGUCAAGCCUACAGUGCUGUGGGGCUGAUAACUACCGGGACUGGGAGAUCAACAUAUAUUACAACUGCUCAGCUCCAGGAGUGCUGGCCUGCGGCGUCCCUGCCACGUGCUGUGUGGACCCUCUGGAGAACGGCACCGUGUGGAACUCGCAGUGCGGUGUGGGGGCCCAACAGCUGGACGAGUUUUCUGCUCAGAGUGUGAUCUUCCUGGGUGGCUGUCUGGGAGGAAUCUCCCGCUGGAUAGAGCAGCACUCGGGCCUGAUAGGGACAACUGUCAUCAUCAUCCUGGCGGUCCAGAUUCUGACUCUGUUUAUCACUACACGCCUGCUUGAUAGCAUCCAGUGGCAUAAAGCUAAUAGCAUAUAUUCUAACAGUGGAUGAUACAUAUCGCUGUAUACUGACUGAAACAGUUGCUCAUACCUACUUGCUCAAUGAGUCCUGUAUUGUUUGUCACGUGGUGCACACACUACUGUAAUAGCUCCUAGACCACCUGAAAAAACUUGACUGAGCUAUAUCCCAAAGACCUGGGUGACUGAGGU